UGGACGCAGCAUAACUAACGAAGCUGCUGCAGGAUGAGAAGAUGGCAGCGCGGCUGCUCGCACCACCAGGCCCUGAUAGUUUCAAGCCUUUCACCCCUGAGUCACUGGCAAACAUCGAGAGGCGCAUUGCCGAGAGCAAGCUCAAGAAACCACCAAAGGCCGAUGGCAGUCAUCGGGAAGACGAUGAGGACAGCAAGCCCAAGCCCAACAGUGACCUGGAAGCAGGGAAGAGUUUGCCUUUCAUCUAUGGGGACAUCCCACAAGGCCUGGUCGCGGUUCCCCUGGAGGACUUUGACCCAUACUAUUUGACGCAGAAAACCUUUGUAGUAUUAAACAGAGGGAAAACUCUCUUCAGAUUUAGUGCCACGCCUGCCUUGUACAUUUUAAGUCCUUUUAACCUGAUAAGAAGAAUAGCUAUUAAAAUUUUGAUACAUUCAGUAUUUAGCAUGAUCAUUAUGUGCACUAUUUUGACCAACUGUGUAUUCAUGACUUUUAGUAACCCUCCUGACUGGUCGAAGAAUGUGGAGUACACGUUCACAGGGAUUUAUACAUUUGAAUCACUAGUGAAAAUCAUUGCAAGAGGUUUCUGCAUAGAUGGCUUUACGUUUUUACGGGAUCCAUGGAACUGGUUAGAUUUCAGUGUCAUCAUGAUGGCAUAUGUGACAGAGUUUGUGGACCUGGGCAAUGUCUCAGCGCUGAGAACAUUCAGGGUUCUCCGAGCUUUGAAAACUAUCUCUGUAAUUCCAGGCCUGAAGACCAUUGUGGGCGCCCUCAUUCAGUCCGUGAAGAAGCUGUCAGACGUGAUGAUCCUGACGGUGUUUUGCCUGAGCGUCUUUGCCUUGAUCGGACUGCAGCUCUUCAUGGGAAACCUGCGGAACAAGUGUGUGGUGUGGCCCAUCAACUUCAACGAGAGCUAUCUUGAAAAUGGCACCAAAGGCUUUGACUGGGAAGAGUACAUCAACAAUAAAACAAAUUUUUACAUAGUUCCUGGCAUGCUGGAACCUUUACUCUGUGGGAACAGUUCUGACGCUGGGCAAUGCCCAGAGGGAUACCAGUGUAUGAAAGCAGGAAGGAACCCCAACUACGGUUACACAAGCUUUGACACUUUCAGCUGGGCCUUCUUGGCAUUAUUUCGCCUCAUGACCCAGGACUACUGGGAAAACUUGUAUCAAUUAACCUUGCGAGCCGCUGGGAAGACGUACAUGAUCUUCUUCGUCUUGGUCAUCUUUGUGGGUUCGUUCUAUCUGGUGAACUUGAUCUUGGCUGUGGUGGCCAUGGCUUAUGAAGAGCAGAAUCAGGCAACACUGGAGGAGGCAGAGCAAAAAGAGGCUGAAUUCAAAGCAAUGUUAGAACAACUCAAGAAGCAACAGGAAGAGGCACAGGCGGCGGCUAUGGCCACUUCAGCAGGAACUGUCUCGGAAGAUGCCAUAGAGGAAGAAGGUGAAGAUGGGGUGGGCUCUCCCCGGAGCUCAUCUGAAAUUUCUAAACUCAGUUCCAAGAGCGCCAAAGAGAGACGUAACAGGCGAAAGAAGAGGAAGCAAAAGGAGCUCUCUGAAGGAGAGGAAAAAGGGGAUCCUGAGAAGGUGUUCAAGUCAGAGUCCGAAGAUGGUAUGAGGAGGAAGGGCUUUCGGCUGCCAGACAACAGAAUUGGGAGGAAAUUUUCCAUCAUGAAUCAGUCGCUGCUCAGCAUUCCGGGCUCCCCGUUCCUCUCCCGCCACAACAGCAAAAGCAGCAUCUUCAGCUUCAGGGGCCCCGGGCGGUUCCGAGACCCGGGCUCGGAGAACGAGUUUGCGGACGACGAGCACAGCACCGUGGAGGAGAGUGAGGGCCGCCGGGACUCGCUCUUCAUCCCCAUCCGGGCCCGCGAGCGCCGCAGCAGCUACAGCGGCUACAGCGGCUACAGCCAGGGCAGCCGCUCCUCGCGCAUCUUCCCCAGCCUGCGGCGCAGCGUCAAGCGCAACAGCACGGUGGACUGCAACGGCGUGGUGUCCCUCAUCGGCGGCCCCGGCUCCCACAUCAGCGGGCGUCUCCUGCCAGAGGUGAAAAUAGAUAAGGCAGCUACUGACGACAGUGCUACAACCGAGGUGGAAAUUAAGAAGAAAGGCCCUGGAUCUCUCUUAGUCUCCAUGGACCAGCUGGCUUCCUAUGGGCGGAAGGACAGGAUCAACAGCAUAUUGAGUGUAGUUACCAAUACGCUAGUGGAAGAGCUGGAAGAGUCUCAGAGGAAGUGCCCGCCAUGCUGGUAUAAAUUUGCCAACACUUUCCUCAUCUGGGAGUGUCACCCCUACUGGAUAAAGCUGAAAGAGAUUGUGAACUUGAUCGUCAUGGACCCUUUUGUGGACCUGGCCAUCACCAUCUGCAUUGUCCUCAAUACGCUGUUUAUGGCAAUGGAGCACCAUCCUAUGACCCCGCAGUUUGAGCAUGUCUUGGCUGUAGGAAAUCUGGUUUUCACUGGAAUUUUCACAGCGGAAAUGUUCCUGAAGCUCAUAGCCAUGGAUCCCUACUAUUAUUUCCAAGAAGGUUGGAACAUUUUUGACGGAUUUAUUGUCUCCCUCAGUUUAAUGGAACUGAGUCUAGCAGACGUGGAGGGGCUUUCAGUGCUGCGAUCUUUCCGAUUGCUUCGAGUCUUCAAAUUGGCCAAAUCCUGGCCCACCCUGAACAUGCUGAUCAAGAUUAUUGGAAAUUCAGUGGGUGCCCUGGGCAACCUGACCCUGGUGCUGGCCAUUAUUGUUUUCAUCUUUGCCGUGGUGGGGAUGCAGCUCUUUGGAAAGAGCUACAAAGAGUGUGUCUGCAAGAUCAACCAGGACUGUGAACUCCCUCGCUGGCACAUGCAUGACUUUUUUCAUUCUUUCCUCAUUGUCUUUCGAGUGUUGUGCGGGGAGUGGAUCGAGACCAUGUGGGACUGCAUGGAGGUGGCCGGCCAGGCCAUGUGCCUCAUUGUCUUCAUGAUGGUCAUGGUUAUUGGCAACUUGGUGGUGCUGAACUUGUUUCUGGCCUUGCUCCUGAGCUCCUUCAGCGCUGACAACCUGGCGGCCACCGACGACGAUGGGGAGAUGAACAACCUGCAGAUCUCGGUCAUCCGGAUCAAGAAGGGUGUGGCUUGGACCAAACUCAAGGUGCACGCCUUCAUGCAGGCCCACUUCAAGCAGCGCGAGGCCGACGAAGUGAAGCCUCUGGACGAGCUGUACGAAAAGAAGGCCAACUGCAUCGCCAACCACACUGGUGCCGACAUCCACCGGAACGGCGACUUCCAGAAGAACGGCAACGGCACGACCAGCGGCAUCGGCAGCAGCGUGGAGAAGUACAUCAUCGAUGAGGACCACAUGUCCUUCAUCAACAACCCCAACCUGACCGUGAGAGUGCCCAUCGCCGUGGGCGAGUCGGAUUUUGAGAACCUCAACACGGAAGACGUCAGCAGCGAGUCGGACCCUGAAGGCAGCAAAGAUAAACUGGAUGAUACCAGCUCCUCUGAAGGCAGCACCAUCGAUAUCAAGCCGGAAGUAGAAGAAGUCCCUGUGGAACAGCCCGAGGAAUACUUGGAUCCAGACGCCUGCUUCACAGAAGGUUGUGUCCAGAGAUUCAAGUGCUGCCAGGUCAACAUCGAGGAAGGGCUCGGCAAGUCCUGGUGGAUCCUGCGGAAGACCUGCUUCCUCAUCGUGGAGCACAAUUGGUUUGAGACCUUCAUCAUCUUCAUGAUUCUGCUCAGCAGCGGCGCCCUGGCCUUCGAGGACAUCUACAUCGAGCAGAGGAAGACCAUCCGCACCAUCCUGGAAUACGCGGACAAGGUCUUCACCUACAUCUUCAUCCUGGAGAUGCUGCUCAAGUGGACAGCCUAUGGCUUCGUCAAGUUCUUCACCAAUGCCUGGUGCUGGCUGGACUUCCUCAUCGUGGCUGUCUCCUUAGUCAGCCUUAUAGCUAAUGCCCUGGGCUACUCGGAACUAGGUGCCAUAAAGUCCCUUAGGACCCUAAGAGCUUUGAGACCCUUAAGAGCCUUAUCACGAUUUGAAGGGAUGAGGGUGGUGGUGAAUGCCUUGGUGGGCGCCAUCCCCUCCAUCAUGAAUGUGCUGCUGGUGUGUCUCAUCUUCUGGCUGAUUUUCAGCAUCAUGGGAGUGAACCUGUUUGCGGGAAAGUACCACUACUGCUUUAAUGAGUCUUCUGAGAUCCGAUUUGAAAUUGAAGAUGUCAACAAUAAAACUGAGUGUGAAAAGCUCAUGGAGGGGAACAAUACGGAAAUCAGAUGGAAGAACGUGAAGAUCAACUUUGACAACGUCGGGGCAGGAUAUCUGGCGCUUCUUCAGGUGGCAACCUUCAAAGGCUGGAUGGACAUCAUGUAUGCAGCUGUAGAUUCCCGAAAGCCCGACGAGCAGCCUAAGUAUGAGGACAACAUCUACAUGUACAUCUACUUUGUCAUCUUCAUCAUCUUCGGCUCCUUCUUCACCCUGAACCUGUUCAUUGGUGUCAUCAUUGAUAACUUCAAUCAACAGAAGAAAAAGUUUGGAGGUCAGGACAUCUUCAUGACUGAAGAACAGAAGAAGUACUACAAUGCCAUGAAAAAGCUGGGCUCAAAGAAACCACAGAAACCCAUCCCCCGCCCCCUGAACAAGAUCCAAGGCAUCGUCUUUGAUUUUGUCACUCAGCAAGCCUUCGACAUCGUCAUCAUGAUGCUCAUCUGCCUGAACAUGGUGACCAUGAUGGUGGAGACCGACACGCAGAGCAAGCAGAUGGAGAACAUCCUCUACUGGAUCAACCUGGUCUUCGUCAUCUUCUUCACCUGUGAGUGCGUGCUCAAGAUGUUCGCCUUGAGGCACUACUACUUCACCAUCGGCUGGAACAUCUUCGACUUCGUGGUGGUCAUCCUCUCCAUCGUGGGCAUGUUCCUGGCUGAUAUAAUUGAGAAAUAUUUUGUUUCCCCAACCCUUUUCCGAGUCAUCCGAUUGGCCCGCAUCGGGCGCAUCUUGCGUCUGAUCAAAGGCGCCAAAGGGAUUCGUACCCUGCUCUUUGCCUUAAUGAUGUCCUUGCCGGCUCUGUUCAACAUCGGCCUCCUGCUCUUCCUGGUCAUGUUCAUCUUCUCCAUCUUUGGGAUGUCCAACUUCGCGUACGUGAAGCACGAGGCCGGCAUCGAUGACAUGUUCAACUUCGAGACGUUCGGCAACAGCAUGAUCUGCCUGUUCCAGAUCACCACCUCGGCUGGCUGGGACGGCCUGCUGCUGCCCAUCCUCAACCGGCCCCCCGACUGCAGCCUGGACAAGGAGCACCCGGGGAGUGGCUUUAAAGGCGACUGCGGGAACCCCUCCGUGGGCAUCUUCUUCUUCGUGAGCUACAUCAUCAUCUCCUUCCUGAUCGUGGUGAACAUGUACAUCGCCAUCAUCCUGGAGAACUUCAGCGUGGCCACCGAGGAGAGUGCGGACCCCCUGAGCGAGGACGACUUCGAGACCUUCUACGAGAUCUGGGAGAAGUUCGACCCCGACGCCACCCAGUUCAUCGAGUACUGUAAGCUGGCGGACUUUGCGGACGCCCUGGAGCACCCCCUCCGCGUGCCCAAGCCCAACACCAUCGAGCUCAUCGCCAUGGAUCUGCCCAUGGUCAGCGGGGACCGCAUCCACUGCUUGGACAUCCUUUUUGCCUUCACCAAGCGCGUCCUGGGAGACAGCGGCGAGCUGGACAUCCUCCGGCAGCAGAUGGAGGAGAGGUUCGUGGCGUCCAAUCCUUCCAAAGUGUCUUACGAGCCCAUCACGACCACCCUGCGGCGCAAGCAGGAAGAGGUGUCGGCCGUGGUCCUGCAGCGCGCCUACCGGGGACAUUUAGCCCGGCGGGGCUUCAUUUGCAAAAAGACACCUUCCAAUAAGCUGGAGAACGGAGGCACACACCGGGAGAAAAAGGAGAGCACCCCGUCCACCGCCUCCCUCCCAUCCUAUGACAGUGUAACUAAACCCGAGAAGGAGAAACAGCAGCGGGCGGAGGAGGGAAGAAGGGAAAGAGCCAAACGACAGAAAGAGGUCAGAGAAUCCAAGUGUUAGGGGAAAGCUAACUUCGACAGUGUGCAGAUGUCCAACGUGCAAGCGAAAGAUUGUUUACAAACUUCCUGAAUGUUACCAAUGCAGAACAGCUGUGGAGACACUUUAACCCGAAGAUCUAUACCAAACGUAGUCUGCUUACCAUGUAACACGGUUGCAUCUUGAGCAGUGACCUGCCAAGGGCAAAGGACCCUCCUCCCUGGACUCAACAGAUUUUCUACUGCUUGGGCAGGUGGUUACUGCAUGUUCCACAUCAGUCAAUGCAACUUUUAGGACAAAAUUAACAGGAUACAAAAACAGAGGAGAGGCUGCCGGGACCAGUGUAUUUCCGUUGCAGCCAAAUGGAUUUUAUUUUUUCAUUUUGUUGAUUCUCAGAAGCAGAAAGCAUCUCUUUCAAAGUUUGUUUGUUCAUGCAAACUCUCUUUGCAUUCUUACAUUAGUUAAGCUAAGCGGCAAAAAGGAAAAACACACACACUCACAUUUAGCCCGUGUCAUUUAACGGUCACUUUCUUUGGCAUAAACCGCAUCUUCUCCACAUGGGCUUCACGUGGUUUGGAGAUGGGUGGGGGAAAACAAAUCAGGUUUCUUCAGGCUGAGGAGGACUUGCUCAGGCCGAUUCCAAACAUUGUGCUCGUUCAAUGCGUAGAAAUGAUUUGCAUGAUGGCAUGCCGUGAUCAGAAGUCAUGCAUGAGAACCAUACACCACAGGACACUACCGAUCCUGUCCCCUGCCCUGGGUCAGCCUUUGGACAGGACCCGGCCCUGCACCAUUCACUGUAUUUGGAGAAAAAAAUGGUAACGUUCCAUACCCGCUGCAGUUCUUGACGAAUUCUUAGAGGUCUUUCACACACCUUCUGGGUAGGGAAACACAACCAACCAGUCACCACCACCACCACAACCACCACCACCACCACCAAACAAACCCAGUCCAACAAGCAGAUGGAUCCGUUGUGUGUAUCUGUUUCACAGACAUCUCUAACAUACAGCCGUUGUUGCACAUCUUGAAAGAUGAACUGUUUAAUGCUGCUCUGUGUCCCAUUCACGGGGCAACUUUGAUUCCGAAUGGCUUGUAUUAACGUCACUGUAAAACCAAAUCCUAGGGCUAAAAAAAAAAAACAAAAAACAAAAAGACAAAAAAAAACGUUCAUUUGUAUCCUGCAAUAUUUAUGAUUUGUUGAGCCUUCAUACUGGAGAAGUGACACUUUGGGGGGGGACAGAGAUAAAAGUGCUACUGUUCAGAGUAGCAUGUUAUCUCUAGAGGGUCAUUUGGGGGAAAGGGGUGCUCACUUCAUCAGUAGCAUGCCCGCGUUGUGGCCUUCUCCGGGCUUGGGUCCAUGGGGAGCAGGGUCCGGAGUCUGAGCAGACUGUCUUCCGAAGAGAGGUGGUGGCAAGCUCACACACAGCGUGAUUCAUGAUGCCUCUUGCCUCCAUCACUUGUUUCCACCACGCAGGGCUUCCUUUACCCACAGAGCUGGGUAAGGGCAGCAGCCUUGGCGCCUCGGCUCUGGUUCUUUCGUGUCUUAUGAGAAUCAGUCGUCACUGGUGGGACCAGUCAAGACAGAGCGGCCUCUGAACGCAGCCCACUUGGUUUCUUUAUCGCACUGGUUCUCAUGGGAAAGCGAUUCAGUGUGAAUUCUUAAGAAGUCCCAGCGUCCCCCAGCGUAUUCCCUUUUGGCCAGUUUUGCUCUCUGCUUAGUGACCUGCCCAUUGUCAUUGGAGGGUGGCUUGGGGGGGAACGUCAUUGCUUCCAUUCCAUCUCCUGCUUCAGGGAAGACAGCUUUUAGU